AUGACCUUGAAUGCAUUCCCCGUGCGCGAGCCGCUAUGGCUCGCCCAGAUGCCGGUUUCUGAGACGGGGGAGCGCCGCAUCCGAAGUGUCCUGAUUGCCAACCGCGGCGAGAUCGCGUGUCGAGUAAUAGCGACAUGUCGCAAGCUACAUAUCAAGACCAUUGCUAUUUACGCGGAAGAAGAUGCAUCUUCGCGCCAUGUCCGCGAUGCAGACGAGGCCAUUAGUUUGGGCUCAGUGGACCAGCCGGCCGGCAACCCAUUUCUAAACAUCAACCUGCUCGUCGACACAGCCGUCCGCGCCGGCGCAGAUGCGAUACAUCCGGGCUAUGGCUAUCUCAGCGAGAACGCCAAGUUCGCCGAUGCUGUGCGCGAAGCGGGCAUCAUAUUCAUCGGGCCGACGAGCACAGCCAUUAAUACUCUCGGCGACAAGCGAGAGGCCAAGGACUAUCUCGCCGAGCACGAGCCGAGCAUACCGCUGAUUCCCGGCUUCACCGGGUCUUCCCAGGGUAUACAGCUUGCCGACCUCGAGAGGGAGAGCGCCAAAAUCGGCUUUCCCGUCAUGAUCAAGGCUUCCGCUGGCGGCGGUGGUCGUGGUCUUCGGAUCGUGCGGGAUGCAUCAGCGCUGGCUUCCGAAUUUGAGCGUGCACAGUCAGAAGCACAGCGCUCAUUCGGCUUGGCAGAUUGCAUCUUGGAGAAGUACAUCGAGGCAGGGAAGCAUGUCGAAGUGCAGAUAUUGGGUGACAGUCACGGCCGCGUGGUGUCUCUAUGGGAGCGAGACUGCUCCGUACAGAGACGGCACCAAAAGGUUGUUGAAGAAAGCCCAUGCGCGUGGCUGAGUCAGGAGAAGCGCGAAGCCAUGUGCGCUGCUGCCGUGCGUAUCGGUGAGCUACUGCGGUAUGAAGGCGCUGGAACAGUCGAGUUUAUCCUCGACUUGACCACAGGAAGCUUCUACUUCCUCGAGGUUAAUGCCAGGUUGCAGGUCGAGCAUCCCAUCACGGAAGAGUGUACUGGCUUGGACCUUGUCUCCUUGCAGCUCUUUGUGGCAUCUGGAGGAAGUCUUGACAGCUUACCUCGAAUGUCUAAGAUCACCCAGAAUGGUCAUGCCAUCGAGUGUCGGCUCUGUGCUGAAGACCCGGUACGCGAAUUUGCACCUCAACACGGCACAGUACGGUUUUGGAAGCCUUCCACACUGUAUCAAAAUGACGUACGAUUUGAGACGGCAAUGGAGAGUGGUGCUCGAGUGUCCAUCUACUUCGACUCGAUGAUUGCGAAGAUUGUGGUCUGGGCACCGACGCGGUCCAUGGCGAUUGAUAAGAUGACGAGAAUCAUGGCUGACACGGUUUGCCUCGGAGUUCCGACCAACCAGCUGUUUCUACAAGCUUGCCUUAUGCAUCCUGGCUUUCACCGGGUGGACUACACGACGUCAUUCAUCCCGACGAAUCUUGAUCAUCUCCUGCAAAAUCCAUACGCAGCGGCGCUGAGACUACCUCAGGCGUUGCUAUCUGUCGUACCAAGCAUGUUUGCUCGUCAUCUACGCAAUCGAGUUGAAGGGGGACAGGCAGUAUUUGGCAGAGUCAGGAGGGGAUUCCGCAAUCAAAGAUUCGACAGGAUCAACAAGCCGUCCGAUAUUGUCUCGAGAUACGAACCGAAAAAGGGAUCAAGUGUCGAUCCGCAGAUCUGCAUAUGGGAGCGCCUGCAGUCUCAAGUUUCGCAAGAGGCUACAGCACUUGUUGCUCCACUUCCAGUGGUCAAACAAGAAGAAGCAGCAGCUGAUUCAAAAGAGUCUGGAACUGCCUUAGUGACAAAGUCCUACAAUGCUCUAAGCACCGCAAUUCGAAACGGCGCUCUGGCAAACUCGGCAGUCGCGGAACUCGCUGUUCACCAAACACAAAGCCGCUCACUUGGUCAAGAUACUGCCUCAUCAUGGUAUGUCGGCCGCGUCGAUGUUUCCAUCAACAAGCGCAAGGUGGUAGCCUAUGUCGCCACGGGUGAUGGCCUGUCAGCGGGUCGUGAGGCAGAUACCGGAGACUCAGUUCAGCUGUACUGCCAUUUCCCUGCCCUCGGCUCUCCGCUCGAGUAUCACUGCUUCUCUAUACUAUCGUACUUUGAGAGUCAGAGGGCAGCCAUCGAGGGCAAUGCUCAGGCCGACCCGGGUGUCAUCAAUGCGCCGAUGCCGUGUAAGGUCCUUCAGGUACUCAAGAAGGAAGGAGAUGAGGUAAGGAAGGGAGAAAUCGUUAUGGUCAUCGAGAGCAUGAAGAUGGAAAUUACGAUUGCAGCUGGGAAGAACGGGAAAUUCCACUCUGAUCUUAAAGAAGGAGUGGCCGUCAAUGAAGGGAGUCAGUUGUUUACUGCAUAUCUUGGCGUCGUUAUACAAACUUCGUUCUGUGCCCAUUACAAUGUUGCCAAGCGUGAUCCAACAUUGGGCCGCUGUAUGGAUCGGUGCGACCGACCCGAAUUUGGGGGCACCUGGGCUCCGUAA